AUGGCCCUCCCUCUCGGGAAGCUCACUAUUCUCGUCGGUGCAGGCAUUGUUGGGUCGGUCCUAGUAAAGGAAGGACGUUUGUCCAAUGUCUCAGAUUUUUUCUCUGGUGCUCUCAAGAUUGUGUUGAAGCAAGUCAGACAAGAUAAUUCCACCCCAUCACCAAGUGUUAAACCACGAAAUGACUCUUUGUUGGCACAGGUCAAUAGCCUAAGACAGGAACUGCAACUCUUGGCAUCAAAUAGACCUGUUACAAUUGUAACAUCUUCUACUGCAGGUGCUGGCAAAUAUGGUGCAAUAAUUGUAGUAGUUGUAGUAGGCUAUGGCUAUGUUUGGUGGAAGGGUUGGAAGCUUCCUGAUAUGAUGUUUGCUACGAGGCGGGGUUUGUCUGAAGCAAGCACUACUAUAGCUAAACAGCUUGAGAAUGUUUACUCGUCUAUUUCGGCCACCAAGCGACAUUUGUCUUCAAGAAUUGACCGAGUGGAAUGUAAUUUAGAUGAAUUUGCAGAAGUUACUACUGGUACAAAGGAGGAGGUUACUAUACUAGGAGGAGAAGUGAAUGGAAUCAGUGGGAAUGUUCAAUCUGUAGACCAUGCAGUUCGAACCCUGGAGACUAAAAUUAAUAGAAUAGAAGGGAAACAGGAUUUCAAUAUUGAAGCAGUGAAGAGGUUGGUUGUUGCUGUCCAUAGCUGGGGAAAUACCAGAGCCCCAGAGAGUAUUCAGGCGCCCCCCUCUAGUUCAUCCAGGCUGGUUCUUGAGUUGCAACCGAUGACAGCCUCAUCAAGGACUGAGUCAUUGCCUCCAAUGUCAUCACCGGAACCACCAUCUCCCUCUGCUUCUAAUAUAUCUCGCAAGGCCCAGCGACCUCUGCAAAGUGCUGUCUUGGCCUCUGGUUUGAAGGAGCUUCAUGUAAUAUCAGAUGACAAUGAAUCAUCGAGCACUCCUGAGGUCUCAAAUGGGGUUCGUGUAGUAGAAGACACAAGCAGUGGAUAUCUGAAUUCUGGUCUCUUUGGGCGGAAGCUUCCGGGUCUCGGUGCUUCUUUUAUUCAAAGAACCUGUAGUGCAAUUCAGUCAUUCAAGUAG